UUACCGUUGUGUUGCAGAGGUUACAGUUUACCGUUGACGCAGGGUUAUAGUCCAUUUAAAUGAGACAUACACGGCUCACUUAGCAGAGCUGCCGAUUUAAACUGAGCGCAAACGCACAUCGACUCGGAAACGGACCCAACAUUUGCCUGGAUUCCACUAUCAUCGAUGACAGUACUCUGUCAGCGGUCAAAACAUCAUGCUUUCUCGGGCGGGUAAAGAGUUUCUUGUUCGAAUACGAUUCUCCUGGCGGCCACUUUUCCAAGGCCGGUAUUUGCUUUUCACCAACACCUUGAGUGGAGGAGGGUUGCUGGCGUUGGCAGACGUCUUGCAACAGACCCGGGAGAUUCGCCGGCACCCAGACAAAGUCCGAGAAUGGAGCAGGACAGGACGCAUGUUUGUGGUGGGCUGCUCCAUGGGUCCUCUGCUGCACUACUGGUACUACUGGCUGGACAAAGUGUAUGUGGGCAAAGCUCUAAAAACAGUGGGAAAGAAGGUUCUGGCAGACCAGCUGAUUGGCUCACCAAUUAUUGGCAUGUGGUAUUUUUUAGGUAUGGAUCUCAUGGAGGGACACACAUUAUCUGAAGGAUGGGUGGAAUUUAAAAACAAGUUCUGGGAACUUUAUAAAAUGGACUGGUGUGUUUGGCCUCCUGCUCAGAUGAUCAACUUCUACUUUCUUUCACCCAAAUUCCGUGUCCUGUACAUCAAUUUUGUCACCUUAGGGUGGGACACAUACCUCUCCUAUCUCAAGCAUAGAAAUGACAGCCAACACGUUGACGCCCUGUCAGAGGUAACUGCUGUGGAUGCACAGCAGGACCCUCUCCCAGCACCCACACCUCUGGAGGAGCAAACCUACAGAUGAAUUCAUGUUCAGCUGUGAUGUUGUUUGUCAGAGACUACAUUUAGCUGUUUUAAUUCUGAAUGUUCCCUCUUUUUUUUGCAAACUAUUUGUAUGUGAUUCUAAUCUGACAUUUUUUUGGCAGACAUUUUCUGUUUACGUAAAAGCCAAUAUGUCUGCACUGUUUAAACUGAGGAGCUUUUCUUUUGUCACUUUAAUGUGUGACGUGCGUUCCUGCAGGAGAAUUCGGGAAUGAAAAGCUGCUUCACUGCCACAAGAUGCUCUUUAAAUUAGUGAGUGGAGUUCAAAACCAACAAAGUAUAUAUAUAUUUUAUAUUUUCCAGACUUUUCAAACAUCGUGACGAUCUGAUGUUGUUGCAUGUGAACCUUCAAACACCUUUUGGAUGAAAACAAAAAUGAUAAAUAGCUUGUUUUCUCAACUUCCAUCAACCUAUAAAUCUGUUUUUAAAGUGUUAUGUAAUUUUGGUAAACUUUGCCUUACUACAGUAUGAUGUGUGCCAUAUACCAAAUAGCGUCUGCCUGGUCUCACCAUUUUGAAGUAGCCAUAAAAUGAUGCGUGACUGUGAACCAGUGAAGUGCUGAUUGUUGUAUAAAAAAGCUUGCAUCCAUUCAUUUUUCUACCAGUGACUGUAAUUUGAAUGAAUGAAGUAGUUUUGUCAAUAGUU